UUACUGUGACUUACACAGGCCCCUAAGGAUGAAGGUAACAGUCCUGUGAGCACUGAGGCUGGGCCGGGACCAACACCUGAGCCAUGGCUCCAGCACUCUGAUUCCUGGCCCAGCCAUGCUGCUGAGGGCGCACAGCCCAGGCCUACCAUCGCCCCCACCCUUGGUGGCAGAACUGAGCACUACCCAGCAAGGUGUAAUUACUUCAAGCCUCCAGGAUGGCAAUCCAGUUCCGUUCGCUCUUCCCCUUGGCAUUGCCUGGGAUGCUGGCGCUCCUCGGCUGGUGGUGGUUUUUCUCUCGUAAAAAAGGCCAUGUCAGCAGCCAUGAUGGGCAGGUGGAGGCUGGUGCUGUGCAGCUGAGGGCUGACCCUGCCAUCAGGGAACCUCUCCCCAUGGAAGACGUCUGUACCGAAGUAGUGUCCACACCCCCCAGUGUCACACAGCUGCCGGAAAAGGAACUGUCCACCGUGAGCAAGCUGCCUGCAGAGCCCCCAGCAUUGCUCCGGACACACCCACCUUGCCGAAGAUCAGAGUCCUCGGGCGUUCUUCCUAACACCACAGACAUGAGAUCGCGACCAGGAACACGGAGAGACGACAGUACAAAGCUGGAGCUAGCUCUGACAGGUGGCGAAGCCAAAUCGAUUUCUCUAGAGUGCCCCCUUUCAUCUCCAAAGGGUGUACUAUUCCCCCACAAAUCAGCUGAGGUGUGUAAGCAAGACUCCCCGUUCAGCAGGGUGCCAAGGAGGGUCCAGCCAGGCUACCCUGCAGUCCCCGCAGAGAAGCGUAGCUCUGGGGAGAGGGCAAGAGAGACAGGUGGGGCCGAAGGGACCGGUGAUGCCGUGUUGAGGGAAAAGGUGCUUGAAGAAGCUCUAUUGUCUCAGGAGCAUGUCUUGGAAUUGGAGAACAGCAAGGCCCCCAGCCUGGCCUCUUUAGACGGGGAAGAAGAUAAGGGGAAGAGCAGCUCAUCCCAGGUCGUGGGGCCGGUGCAGGAGGAAGAGUAUGUAGCAGAGAAGUUGCCAGGUGGGUUCAUUGAGUCGGCUCACACAGAGCUGGCAAAGGACGAUGCGGCGCCAGCACCCCCAGUCACAGACGCCAAAGCCCAGGACAGAGGUGUCGAGGGAGAACUGGGCAAUGAGGAGGGCUCGGAUAGAAAUGAGGAGGGCUUAGAUAGAAAUGAGGAGAGCUUGGGUAGAAAUGAGGAGAGCUUGGAUAGAAAUGAGGAGAGCUUGGAUAUAAAUGAGGAGAGCUUGGGUAGAAAUGAGGAGAGCUUGGGUAGAAAUGAGGAGAGCUUGGGUAGAAAUGAGGAGAGCUUGGGUAGAAAUGAGGAGAGCUUAGAUAGAAAUGAGGAGAGCUUGGGUAGAAAUGAGGAGAGCUUGGGUAGAAAUGAGGAGAGCUUGGGUAGAAAUGAGGAGAGCUCGGAUAGAAAUGAGGAGAGCUCGGAUAGAAAUGAGGAGAGCUUGGGUAGAAAUGAGGAGAGCUUGGAUAGAAAUGAGGAGAGCUUGGAUAUAAAUGAGGAGAGCUUGGGUAGAAAUGAGGAGAGCUUGGGUAGAAAUGAGGAGAGCUUGGGUAGAAAUGAGGAGAGCUUGGGUAGAAGUGAGGAGAGCUUGGGUAGAAGUGAAGAGAGCUUGGGUAGAAGUGAGGAGAGCUUGGAUAGAAGUGAGGAGAGCUUGGGUAGAAGUGAGGAGAGCUUGGGUAGAAAUGAGGAGAGCUUGGGUAGAAAUGAGGAGAGCUUGGAUAGAAAUGUGGAGAGCUUGGAUAGAAAUGUGGAGAGCUUGGAUAGAAAUGAGGAGAUUGAGCAGGCUGCCUUCCAGAUAAUCUCCCAAGUGAUCUCAGAAGCAACCGAACAGGUGCUGGCCACCACGGUGGGCAAGGUUGCAGGUUGUGUGUAUCAGGCCAGUCAGCUCCAAGGGCAGAAGGAAGAGACCUGUGUCCCAGUUCACCAGAAAACUGUCUUGGGCCCAGACACUGCAGAGCCUGCCACAGCAGAGGCAGCUGCUGCCCCACCGGAUGCUGCCCUCCCCUUGCCAGGCCUACCAGCAGAGGGCUCACCACCACCAAAGACCUACGUGAGCUGCCUGAAUAGCCCUCUGUCCAGCCCCACCAAGGACAGUAAGCCAAAGAUCUCUGCACACCAUAUCUCCCUGGCCCCCUGCCUGGCACCGACCACCCCCAGUGAAGAGUCACCGGACCGGGCAGGCAUCCUGGUGGAAGAUGCCACCUGUGUCACCUGCAUGUCAGACAGCAGCCAAAGUGUCCCUUUGGUGGCUUCCCCAGGACACUGCUCAGAUGCUGUCAGCACUUCAGGGCUUGAAGACUCUUGCACAGAGACCAGCUCAAGCCCCAGGGACAAGGCCAUCACCCCGCCACUGCCAGAAAGUACUGUGCCCUUCAGCAAUGGGGUGCUGAAGGGGGAGUUGUCAGACUUGGGGGCUGAGGAUGGAUGGACCAUGGAUGCGGAAGCAGAUCAUUCAGGAGGUUCUGACAGGAACAGCAUGGAUUCCGUGGAUAGCUGUUGCAGUCUCAAGAAGACUGAGAGCUUCCAAAAUGCCCAGGCAGGCUCCAACCCUAAGAAGGUCGACCUCAUCAUCUGGGAGAUCGAGGUGCCAAAGCACUUAGUCGGUCGGCUAAUUGGCAAGCAGGGGCGCUAUGUGAGUUUUCUGAAGCAAACAUCUGGUGCCAAGAUCUACAUUUCAACCCUGCCUUACACCCAGAGCGUCCAGAUCUGCCACAUAGAAGUGAUUGUAUGUCCUGCCCCCAUCCACUAUUUAGGCUCUCAACAUCAUGUAGACAAAGCGCUGAACUUGAUUGGGAAGAAGUUCAAAGAGCUGAACCUCACCAAUAUCUACGCUCCCCCAUUGCCUUCCCUGGCGCUGCCUUCUCUGCCGAUGACAUCCUGGCUCAUGCUGCCUGAUGGCAUCACCGUGGAGGUCAUUGUGGUCAACCAGGUCAAUGCCGGGCACCUGUUCGUGCAGCAGCACACACACCCUACCUUCCACGCACUGCGCAGCCUCGACCAGCAGAUGUACCUCUGUUACUCUCAGCCUGGAAUCCCCACCUUGCCCACCCCAGUGGAAAUAACGGUCAUCUGUGCCGCCCCUGGUGCGGACGGGGCCUGGUGGCGAGCCCAAGUGGUUGCCUCCUAUGAGGAGACCAAUGAAGUGGAGAUUCGAUACGUGGACUACGGCGGAUAUAAGAGGGUGAAAGUAGACGUACUCCGGCAAAUCAGGUCCGACUUUGUCACCCUGCCGUUUCAGGGAGCAGAAGUCCUUCUGGACAGUGUGAUGCCCCUGUCAGACGAUGACCAGUUUUCACCUGAAGCAGAUGCCGCCAUGAGCGAGAUGACAGGGAAUACAGCACUGCUUGCUCAGGUGACAAGUUACAGUCCAACUGGUCUUCCUCUGAUUCAGCUGUGGAGUGUGGUUGGAGAUGAAGUGGUGUUGAUAAACCGGUCCCUGGUGGAGCGAGGCCUUGCCCAGUGGGUAGACAGCUACUACGCAAGCCUUUGACCCCCAUGCUGCUUCCUGAGAGUCUUUUUUUGCACUGUUGAAAUUGGGCUUGGCACUCAAGUCAAAGAUUAACAUCAGAAUAACAAACAUUGUCCUCUCCAGAAAGUCCUUUCUUCCUCCAUACUGUAGUCCUAUUGAGAAGAAGAGAAGACGUUUCGUCUCUGAGAAAAAAGGAUGAAGCUAUGGGUUCUCUUCUCAAAGCCAAAGGAUAGUGUUUAACAAGCCAGCUGGCUUAUCCUGGUUCUCAGCUGUUUAAAAAAAAAGGAAUAGAAACAGUCUCAACCAGAUUGUCCUAUUCCCCCCUGUUCCAUUCCCCUCUUCUUCGUUCUGUCCCCUUCCCCGGCAAAAACCAAACAAACUGGCAGACAGGCCAGGGAUGUAUGUUGCUUGCUUGAGAGGGUUUCUUUUACUUCAAAAUCUUUCUUCAGGGAGCAAGACAUGAACUGACUAAUUGGUAUCCACUAGUUGUACAGCUUACAUAAAUGAAUUGAUGAUAUUUAACCAGUUUUUAUAAACUCCAUUUAGGUGUCUAAACACAGACUUUUUAAAUUGUAACUGUAAAUAUGGAACGGUCAUCACACCUGACCUUGGUCAGUGGGGAGGGGAACUGGUAUCCUGCCAAGCCUGGUUGUAAUUUGUAACCAUUUUCUAUUUGUGCAAACUCUGUAAAUAUGUGUUUAAACAAAUGUAAUAUUUUGUACAAGAUACACUGGAGAACAAAGGGAACUCAAGAUUUUUCCAGCCACGCGUUACCUGUAAGUAGAAGUAAACUCUGCAGUGCAGCUUCCGCUCUUGGCCCCUCUGGCCAGGGCCCCUGUGGCUUCCUGCACAGGAUGGGUGACUAUAUGGUAGAGACUGUGAUCUGGGAACUUUUUGCUGUACAAAUCCGUUUAAAAAAAAAUAGUAACUCAUUGAAUUAACUUGCAGUGGUGUGUUUGAUUCUUUUUUAGACUGGCUUCAGCAUUGUGCAGUUUAAAAAUAAGUAACUUAAGUAACUUACAUAAAUCCUCCAUUGUAUGAACUAUA